AAUGUUCGCUCACGCCUGCUCCCGCGAAGCAGCAGCAGCACUUCUGCGUAUCGUGCGCGGCUAUUUGUUGCUCUCCCUUUGUGUGGCUCACAGAGGUGGUGCACGAGAACUUUGCGUCCUUUUCCGCCAUGACGACGACAUCGCAGCAGGGAAGGCGAGUGUUGGCCGUCGCAGCGCUGAUCACCCUCGUCAGCCCGGCCGUUCUCGGAAACGUCAUCAGGGCUGACAACAAGCUUCAACCACCCAGCUCGCAAAAUGAGGAGUUCGCGGCUCUCGACGCUAAACAGCAGCAGACGAACUUGCUGAACUACAACUAUUACAACAACAACGGCAACAUGACGGAGUGCAGGCCACCUUCCCCGUGCGGCUGGUUUAUGUACCAACCCAUUGAGAGGAACUUCCUUCACUACUUACAAGUAUGUUCGUGUCCAGCCGGAAUGCGUUGCUUGGCGGACCGCGACGACGUAUCCAUCUCCUGCUGGGUCUACACGUGCAAGGUGGCCUCCCCCGAGACGCCAGCUAACCCUCCGCUGAACCCCCCGAUGUGACCCCCUCCCCGACUCGGUGCUGGCGGCGCAGCUAUCGGACUUUGGCGUCGCGAGUGAAAGAGGAAAAAAAAAAGUGCGUUGAUACAUAAGUAUAGGAGCCCAUUUUGGCGUUGUCAUCUGAACAAGGCAGCUUCCGGGAGAACAAGGACAAAACACAACGGGUUCCCGUGCAUCGGUCAGCUGUGAUGCACACGAGCAAAGGAAGUGGAAGACAGAGUGGCGACUAUGUGACCCUCCUUAGCUUUGGUUUAAAGCUUUCGUUUGCCACUUAUUUUCUGGUCGUGCCGAGAAGUAACUCCGAGUGACGGACCGUUACGUCGGCUUCCUUUUUGUUCCUCGUCGAUUCUUCCCAUUGGCUGACCGCCAAAUAUUCGAAGAGGGAAAGCCAACGAACAAAUGGACUGAUUUUACUAUUGAUCAAUUUUAUCCUGCAGCUGCGUUCGCCGUUGCGUCGGUAAAUUCGUUCACAUUACCACCAUUUCGUGUAUAGGGCUACGCGGAGGCGAUACUCGCACUAUCUCAUACAUUAGAAACAUUAGCUUAUUUAUUUUGACGCACACUCAGAUGCGCCGAAAAAUGACGGAAGGGUACUUGCGCGUUGAACAAAUGUUAAAGGGACACUAAAGUCGACUAAAGUCGAAUGAACGUUCAUUGUUGAAAUGGUAGUCCAGAAAUUUCGCAGUGCUACUUUUGUGCCAAGGAAAGGCCUAUUUUGAAAUGAAAUCCCGCUUCAGUGCUCCGAAUUGGGUUAGCGCAAUUCAGAUUAUCCGCCUCAAGAAGCGGACGGACCGGACCGUCUCACGUCACUGUUGCCAUGCACAACCUGUCCCGGCUUUACUGCGCUAAUAGCAGCAGGCCGAAAGCAGCGGGAGCCACAGCAGCAACAACGGCCAUUGAUCAAUUUCCCGCCUUUGCAUUCAAGAUUGCAGACGCUGUUGUUUCAACUGCGCCCCGCUUGAUGGCACCACCUAUUCUGUGUAAUCACACAAAAAUAUAAUUUUUUAACCACUCGUGCCAUUCCCAAUAGUAACGUCCGGCGGUUCUUUUUUACUAGAAUCAAGCAGAAACGAACAAGUCGCAUUUUAUCGCGUCUCUUGAUGCGCGGAGGGUUCUUUAGUACAGUAAGAUCGAUUACUAGUGAUUAUAUGUAGGCGGUCCGUCUGAUGUCAUCGGGAUCAUUUUGAAAAUGUCCUGCUGCGGUGCUUGUGUUCUUGUGCAUUUACCCUAAUUUCUCGGUAAGUAGGGCACUGUUGUUGAUAAUACUGUGGUUUUAUAUGUUGUCAUACAUUGAGCUUUCACUAUGACAUAAAUUGUUAUUUGACUUUAGUGUCCCUUUAACAGAAGUGUUUAUUCCCAUGAUCACGGCCUACAGAGAAGCUAAGCCGUCCAGCGCAGUCGGGAGUGCACUUCUCAGACCAUACCGAGACUCACCACUUGUUUUAUGCCGAAGCGGUAUUCGGGAUAGACAUUGAGCACACUUAUUAUCCCAGCGCUUAAGCCACCCAUAGGCAUCUUGUGAGUGGCCAAAGAGCUUUUCGUCGUGCACGAAAAUGCUCGCCUGUGUAGCUUUAUUUAUUCGUUCACCACUUUUCGUACCAGAGAUCCUCCGCUGUGAGGCAUGUGGCUGUCAGUGUAAACACAUCUCAUUGUAUCUUCACGUUGUCAACAAGCCGAUAUACAACAAGCUGUCAUCGAAUGUACAAAUGUAUUUUGUUUUGUUUUCCUCUUCUUUUCCCCCUUGUUGAUGGGACUACUAAUCUAUCAAUGUGAUGUUCUAUCAAUAACAGUAGGAGUACGACAGAUCAACCGGAUCACACCAAUGCUUAUAGGAAAUUUGUAGAAAGAGCAUCUUUGCAGGGACACAUAAUUAAGUCACCUAUCUGCAACCUAAAAAUCGAUACGCGUAAGCCUUAAACGGUCUAAAGUGCAUAAUCAGGUUCUUUUUAGUGAUUUUUUUUUAGCUCAGUAGAAUUGUUGUGUAUAGUACGUUCACAUGUGUUUUAUAGAAUGCGAAAGUGUACUUAUUUUCGCGAGAUCCACUUUUGUAGUGCUACACUAUAUUUCGCACAAUUCUUUUGUUCAACUUGUCCUCAUUAUUUUACCCAUUGCGAUUAUCUUGUCGCUGCUCUGCCCUGUCAAAUGUGCAACAACAGAGCGGGUGCAAAUAAAGUGAAAACGGCAUCCUUG